GGACGGGCCACGCCUAUCUAUAGACAAACGUAACAUGGCCACGAGCACAAAGUCGAAGGCAGCAGCUCCCACUCUGCACACUAACGGAUCUCCAACUAAGAAUAGAGGUCAUUCUGAAGACAUGUCAACGGCUGAUAUGAUCACGACUGCAGCAGAGCAGGCACUCCCUAGGGACGAAUGGGUGAAGAUAAACAUAGGAGGGACCACAUUCCUCACUACAAAGACCACUCUGUGUAGAGAGAAGGGAAGCUUCUUGGCCAGGCUCUGUCAGAAUGACCAAGACCUACCAUCAGUCAAAGACGAGAAUGGUGCGUAUCUGAUUGACAGAGACCCUCGCUAUUUCCCUCCCAUCCUCAACUACCUAAGACACGGACGACUCAUCAUAGACAGUGGUCUGGCCGAGGAGGGCGUGCUGGAAGAGGCGGAGUUUUAUAACCUCUCAUCCCUUGUCUCUCUCGUCAAAGACAAGCUCACUAAAAAGGCACAGCCGGUGUUCAAGGAUAACUCUACGAGUGUGUACAGAGUCCUCCAUUGUCAGGAGGGGGAGCUCACCCAUACACUGGCCACUCUCACAGAUGGAUGGAAGAUGAGUCAGCUGGUGAACAUUGGAUCCCAGUACUCGUACAGCAGUGAUGACCAAUCAGAGUUUCUGGUGAUAGUCUCCAAGGAGUUUGACGAGACACCUUGUAGUCCUUCAGAACCAACCAACAAGCAAAAGACCUUACAGCAACACGGGCUAAGAGGACCUUGAAAACCUUAAAAGUCAACCAAACCAAUUGAAAAUUCUCCUUAAUAACAAUUACUUAAUUGUGUGUGAUCAGCUGACUAGGGCGUACGUUUGUUGUAAUCACAUAUAUUAUUAUUAUGAUUCUCUUUCCCUUUUAAUUUGUACACUAUGUGUUAUUCAUUUCACUGUUGACAAGAUCAUCUCUAACAAAUAAUUAUUAUUUUUAACAAGAA